AUGGCAAGAUCCACCUUCAUAGACAAUCCUACGCCAGAAUCGCAGCUGACAAGGAUGGAUGAAAUUCGAGACCUUCUUCAGAACAACUUAAAUCAGCAGCCAUUGGUGGCGGCCCUCCCUCAUGAUGGUCCCAAUGAUGCUGAGAAGGUGGUGGGUAGGGAGCACAUAUAUCUUGAUCAGGAUUUGAUCAAUCAGUGGCUAAGCAAAAAGAGUUCAGAUGGUCACUGGCUCCUUCUUACGUUUCUCUUGAAAGUCAUCCUCCUGCGUGAGUUUACCAUCGCUUCCUGGUUGACAUAUGGCAUCAAGAAAUCUGACACCAUUCAUGGGAACGGGAGAUGUAGUACACCAUUCACACAGCCCACAGACGUCUUCGUAUCAGGAUGUGGUCACCUUUUCAAAAUUUUCAAAAGUGCGAAGGAUCGAAAACUGUGGUCCAUUGUGUUUCUCAACGAUGAAGGAGGAUAUCUCGAGGUUCCAGCAGUCAACUCACUUGUCUUGCGAAAGCUUGCUGCGGGUGACUGGUCUGUGUUUCAGCGAGACGUGAUCACAAGCAUGGGACCAUACCGUGACUGGUUGUGGACAAGAAGUGUAAUCAGGGUGCACAGCUGGUCCGAUGAAUCCUCUGUAUCAGAGGGCUCUGCGGGUGUGGUGCCCUCCAAUAGUGCUUUGAUGACCUGCUCUGCAUUCUUGAACACAGACCGCGUGAGGAGCCCCCAGAUAUACUUGAGCGAUUGGUUUGGGAAGCAGAAAUCAAGCGCUGUGAUGAAGCCCGAAGGGUGCACUUGUUGGAAUGCAACUGGCUGCACAUCAUGGAAUAACUAG